UUCUGGGCAGAUGAUAAACAAGGGAAAGAGCUCUUACUAUUUGUAUUCUAAAGUUGACACUGAUCUGAUACAAUCUGUGGGAGAUAUUACAGGAUUUACAAAGGGGAAUUUUCCAAUUACCUACUUAGGAUGUCCUGUUUUUCCCAGGAAGAAUAAGGUAUACUAUGCUGAUCUUAUCAAGAAGAUUAAGGGAAAGCUACAUUCUUGGAAAGGAACAAAUCAAUUUCAAGAAUUUUCUGAACUACCUUGUGUAGGGAGGAAACUAUUGAAUUUGGACAAGAUGCAGACCCCUAACCUCAGAUUCAUAAGGGGAAAGAAUAGAGGAACAAAUGGGGUGUAGUUUGGUACUG